AUGGACACCGAGGUAUUGAAGCGGUCCAUCUCGGACCUGGUUGCAAGGUCACAACCGUACAUCGACGAGGCAAGCCAGCAUCUCCAGAAGACCAAGACACACUGUACAUCAGCAUUGAAGAACGCCCAGACCGAUCUCGAAAAAUUGUCGAAGCAGCGAUAUUUCAAAGAGAUACUGUACGCGUUCCUCCUCUUCGCACUCGCCACCAUCACACUAUCCAAAUACCUCUCGAGACGGUACAACCGAGCACACCCCUCACGACCAUCGACCCCAACAGUCGAGAAAGCAGGCUACACGCGGCGAGAGACAGUGACUCGCGAGCCAGGGACAUGGACGCCAUCAACAUUCCAAAGGCCCAAGCCGGCACCCUACCCAGAUUGGUCGAUCGAGACGACGAAGCCACUACCCUACCGGCCGUUCCGCUACAAGUACUUCCAGACGAUGGGACUGCGCAGCGCGCAGUUCGAGGACUGGGUCGAGCUGGACAACCACUACCCACGGUUUCACGGCGACAAGGCGCGACGCAUCAUCGAGCGCGGGCCCAAAUGCUGCCACACCGCGCCCGAAGCAUACGCGGCUGCUGUCGAGCUGCUCGACGAGCUCGUCGACUACCUCUGCGACCGGUACCCGACGCUGUACCAGCACAGCGAAAAGGGGAUCAAGAACCUAUGGUCCGGGGAAGACCUGAACACCAAGUCGCGGCCGUUGCCCGAAGACCCGAUGCAGACGUGUGCACGGCUCACGCAGGACGACCUGGCGAUCAUGAUCGAGAAGCCCGACGGGCAGUACUACCUGCUGGCGGGGGCGAUCCUCCUCGCGGGGUUCUGGCGGCUCGAGGAUAAACUCGGGAUGCCGUUGUCGGAGAUCCACACGUCGGGCGACGUGCCGCAGUACCGCGAGAAGCUGGAGAAGGGCAUGAUGAACUUCUUCCGGCGGCUGAAGCCCGAGGAGCUCGUCGCCCGCAACAACUACUUCAUCCAGGUCGACGACGACCUCGCCUGGAGCCACUCCAUCGGCAGCGAGGACUCGGACGGCAUCAGUUGGAACACGGCCGAGCAGGACCGCGCCAUCGGAUACCAUUAUUUCCGCUCCGAGCGCCAGACCCUGCGCCGCCUGCCCAGGUCCGGCGGUGUCGUCUUCACCAUCCGCACCUACUUUCAUCCCAUCACCGAGGUCGCCCAGGAGGAUUACGUGCCCGGGAGGUUGGCCUCGGCCAUCAGGAGUUGGGGCGACGACGUCGGGAAGUAUAAAGGCAAGAAGAAGUAUCAGAAGGUCUUGCUCGAGUAUCUGGAUCAGAAGCAUCAGGAGCAGUUGGAUAGAGGUCUGAAGCUGGAGGAGGAGGACGACGUUAGGACUUACCCCUGGUGA